AUGCCUCCUCAAGAUGAUAUCAACCCCGAGGAUUUCGAGUUCGACGAAGAGACUCACAAUUCAACCACUCUGCUGAACACCAUGCCAACUUCCACCAGCACCAGGUCGCAAUAUCACCUACCUGCGUCGGAACAGCUGAGGGGCGUAGCCAAUCGAAUCAUAUUCAGUAGAUACUAUAUACUGUUUUAUGGGACAAUGAUGGGUUUGAGUUUCGCAACGCUCGUUAUUAGUUUGAUAGCUACUCACGGAAAUAAAUGCCCACCUGCAGUAUGGCAUAUCCUAGAAGUUGUCAUAAACGUUUUGAUGGUUUUGGAAGUGGGUACAAGGUGGAUAGCAUAUGGGAAAAAAUACCCAUUAACCUUACUCAACAUCGUUGAUAUAAUAUUAGUAUUAUUCUGUACGGUAACUUUGAUAUUGGUGUUUAAGAAUCCAUGUGGUGAGGGUACUCGAAGUGAAGAACUCCUCGACACUUUCCUCCUAAUCAUCCGAAACACGGUCCAAUUCCUCCGACUAGGUUCUAUCCUCCGUCGAUCAGGCCACUCAUUACUCAAUCCACCUAAACCCAUCGAUCUAAGCCAGGCGGGCCAAGCUUCCCUAUCGCUGAAUCUGGAAUUGGACGAUGAUGAGGAACUAGCUGCUGAGAGACAAUUGGCUGGCGGACGUACCCUCAGAUCAACAAAUAAUGGAGCAAGGUAUCAGAGGUUGGAGCAAGAUGACGGAGGGGACGAGGAACAGCGAGUAGGAACGAAUGUCAAGAACAAUCAAGGGAGGGAGAAUCUGACGCAGGAUGACGAAGAAUUAUGGGAUAGGUUAUAA